GAGGAAUCCCAAAAGAACAGCAGAGGAAGGACGGACAGAGAGAGAGAGGAGGAGAGGAGGGACUACCAGAGAAAGAGGGACGUGUAGGAACAGCAGCUGAAUCCCAUUAUAUCAGACACUGUCAACAUGCAAUCCUCCACUCCCAUUUUCCAGUAAAACCUCCACUCCACCCACUGCUUCGCUCCAGCUACCCCGAGCGAGAGGCAGCCCCAGCUGGGCUGAGGAUGCGUGUGACCUCCCCUCUCCUCCUGGCUCUCCUAGUACUCCUGCUGCUCCCACCACCCUCCCAGCUGAGGAAGGCAGGCCAGGGCAGGCGGCUCAAAGUAGGCAGACGCCUCCUCAGACGGGACAGGGUGAGAGGUCAGGGGCGCCAGGGCAGGUCAGGAGACUCCAGGCAUCAGGUCCCUGAAUGCUCAGAGUACAGCGACUCUGAAGACCUCUUCGUGGACUGCCAAGGGCGAAAACUUUCCUCCAUCCCCACUGCCUUAUCCUGGUCACGGGCUCCAGACCACCUCCUGCUGGCCCGUAACCGUAUCCGGGCCCUCCACGACGGGGCCUUCUCUGGCUUUGAGGGCCUGAGGAGCCUGGACCUGCAGCAGAACCGGAUCUCAGUGUUGGAGGAGGGGGUGUUCCUGGGCCUGAUACACCUCACCACCCUUCUGCUGCAGCACAACCGUCUGGGCACGCUCAGCGAGGAGGCUCUCAUCCCCAUGCCAGCCUUGCGCUACCUGCGUCUCCAUGACAACCCCUGGAGCUGCCGCUGCACACUCGACAGUCUGGUUCGCACCCUGCAGGUGCCCAGCAACCGUAACCUGGGGAACCAUGCCAGGUGUGCGGAGCCAGUUGGGCUGAGGGGCAGGAAGCUGAGACAGGUGGACCCAGAGCUGCUGUGUGUGGAGCUGGAGCCUCCCAGCGACCCCCCAGACCCACAGGGGGAGGACCAGAGGGACUCCACAUACCCUCUGCAGCCCAUCCCCAUCAGGGGCAAGCCUGACGCCACCACCUCCUGCCAUACCUACCUGUUCCCCACACCCCGACUGGACUGCAGAAGUAGAGAUCUGGCGGAGGUUCCUGCAGACAUCCCAUGGGACAUGGUUCACAUGGACCUGUCCCAAAAUUCCCUCCGGUGCCUGAAGGCCAGAGACUUUGUGGAGGCCAGAAGCCUAAGGUCACUCAAUCUCAGCGACAACAACUUGGAGGACAUGGACACAGCCUCCCUGUCUGGCCUUCUACACCUCCAUGAGUUGGACCUUUCCAACAACAACCUGCACUUCUUCCACUAUGGUGUUCUAGAAGACCUCUAUUUUCUGUCCCUACUAAGGUUGGGGGGAAACCCCUGGGUCUGUGACUACAGCAUCCACUACCUGGUGUACUGGCUACGUCUGCACCCAGGGGUGACCCACUCUGGCCUGCUGUGCCACUCCCCUCCUGAGCUCAGAGGAAAGAGUGUGGAGGACUAUGUUCACUCCUACAACAGAGCCUGCAGCCAGACAGAGCACAGUCAGACGGAAUACGGCCAGACAGAUCCAGAAUUGUGGGUCACAUCUAUGGAGCUGCAGGAGGAGAUGGAACCGGCACAUCUGAGAGGACCGCAGAAAUACCACGUCACCAGGUUGAAUUAACAAACUACCCCAGGAUGGAAUGACUGACAUAUUGAACACCUUUAAAUUCGUUGUCUUUUUAUAAAGCAUUCAAAUUAAUUCUGUAUCAGAUGGUAAACUUGAACUUUGUUCAAUAUUGUUGUUCCUGCUUUGUCCCAAAAAACAAGAAAUAACAAUCCAAGUAGAUAUAUUGGAUUGAGCAUAUGUGAGAAUCCAGAAUAUAAAUGUGGUGUGUAUAGACCGUAUAUAAUUUGGGAAAGAAAAUGGUAUGUACAGUAUUAGGAUGAGCUAUAUCUAGAAUACAAUAUAUACAUACACAGUGAGUAAACAACAGUAUAUAAAACAGAAUGAGGUGACCAGCAUUCAAUACAUAUUUUUGGGGCGGCAGGUAGCCUAGUGGUUAGAGCUUUGGGCCAGUAACCCGAAAGGUUGCUGGAUCGAAUUGACAAGGUAAAAAAUCUGUCCUUCUGCCCCUGAACAAGGCAGUUAACCCACUGUUCCUCAGUAGGCCGUCAUUGUAAAUAAGAAUUUGUUCUUAACUGACUUGCCUAGUUAAAUAAAAAUGGCUCUACAUAAAUGGGGCAUUAGUCUGUAGGCCUUGAUUUACUGCAGGUCUACUCAAACUUUUCACCCAUACUGUUUAUGCCAUUUGCACUCCCAUUGUGAGUCAAUCUGAAGCCAUUUCAUUUUGAGAGCACACAGCAGAACAAUCUCUCUGCCCCCAUUCCUCUUGCUAUUUCCCACAAUUAUAUUAAGAUUUUGCCUUCAAAAAAAAAAAUACUGAACAAACUGUCAAAGCAUUUAGGAGCCCUGCUCCUUUCCCAAACAUAGUCAUGGCCCAGGAAUAUUUAUUUGGCAAGAUGUUUGAUUUAAAAAAAAAAAAAGCAUAGUAAUCUCUGCCAAGAAAUACGCCUUUGUGCCAUAGCUACUCUGUAACUGCUAGAUUCCCACAGAAUGGUCCCAGACAAAACAGUCCUGUAUAAUACUAUUAUAGGUAUGAAUUUAUUUUAUAUCACCCAUUUCCUAGCAUACCCCCACACUAAACAUGAACCACUGCUGAUUAGUUUCCCUGCGGUUACAACACCCCUGGCCCUACAAAUCAAAAACAAGUCACUAAAAAUGUCCUUUGCUAGCAGACAUAAAACAUACAGGGGUACUUGUUAUGGGGUAACUGCUUUCAGAAAUGGGUCCAAUGACACUAUCAUCCAGAGAACGAGAGAGCCAUUCCAUCCACAUAAACCCAAUUCAAAAUAAAAUUAAAAUUAAAGUGCGCGAAGGCUGGAAAUAGAAUGCAUAUAGUGUGUGAUGACGGCCCAUGUACAAUUAGCACAAGAUGCUGCGCGGUGAAACACCACUUCCCAUUCAUUUCAAUGGGGGGGAGCGGUGAGAGGUGAGAACCGGAGAGUUCUUGGGUCCUUUGGGCGGUGCAAAGGUGGCGUGGGAGGCUAAACUUUUCCCAAAUGUAUGGAAAGUCGGCAGCGGUGACCAAUCAUAUCGAGUGGCUCCCAUGACGAAUUUGACACUAUGCGACCCAAGGCUGGAGACUUUCUUUAGCAAAGACGGCUGACAAAGAUACUAGGAUGGAAGCAAAUGUAAGUGAUUAUAACGCCAUAACAAAUCAUGCAAAAAAAAAAAAGUUAAUGUAGAGACAAACGAUUGAUUUUUUUGUCAAAGUUUAUUUACGAAAAUCGCGAUUUGACUGUAACAUUCGCCAGCUAGCUGGCUAGCGUUAUGGGUGUUGUGACAUGAGUAUGAAAUUGUCAUUCUGGCUGUAUGGACUCCUGAAACAACCAACAAACCAGGCUGUCGUCUUGUGAAACAGUGGAUGUAAAGAAUCUAGCUAGCUAAAGCAUUUACUGCACAUUUAAUGUACAAUUGUGUAAGCUUGCCUUGCUGAUAUUUGCCAUGCAAUACAGAUAGGUGAAAUAAAGUAGCUAGUUAACUAAUUUCUUGCUUAUUGUGCAAUGGAGAAUAAAGAAUUUUUAAAAACCUG